AUGGCCAAGCGACCAGCAGACGCAGAGGAGGAUCAGGAGACAAUAAAAAAUGGCGACCGCCCCAUGCAGAUUGACCAGGACGAGGCGGGAGAAUUCGAGGACGAGUUCGAGGACGAAUUCGAGAGCGAGGACGAGAUCUUCGAGGCGGGAGUAGACGGAAGGCCAGACGAAGAGCGCGAAGCCGAGGAGCGAGAGAAUGGCAUGGACAUUGACCAAGGCACCUUCAUACCCGGCCGCCACAAGCUCUCCCCGGGCGAGACGCUGAAUCCCGAUCUUUCCACAUACGACUUGCUCCACACAUUGGAGGCGCCAUGGCCCUGUCUAUCCUGCGACAUCAUACCAGACAAUCUUGGCUCCGACCGCAAGACAUACCCCGCUACCAUAUACGCAGUGGCUGGUACACAGGCUGCGCGAGGGCGCGACAAGGAGAACCAGAUCAUGGUCAUGAAGAUGAGCAGUCUGUCUCGUAUGGAGAAGGAGGACGACGAAGGCGACGACGACGAUGAUUCGGACGACGAGGCCUCAGAUCCCAUAUUAGAGACCAAGUCGAUACCCUUGGCGAGCUGCACCAACCGUAUACGCGCGCAUCAAACCCCACAAAGCACAUCGGCGAAACCUCCAACCACUCUGACAGCUGCCAUGACCGAAUCGGGCCAGGUUCUGAUUUACGACGUGACACCACAUCUGACAGCCUUCGAUACCCCCGGCACCACCAUCACCCCCACGCAAAACAAGCCCGUCUGCACAAUCCGCGCCCACAAGGCAAAUGAGGGCUAUGCGCUCGACUGGUCGCCUCUAGUACCCGAGGGCAAGCUUCUGACGGGCGAUGUUGCAGGCAACAUCUUCGCAACAACACGGACACAAGGCGGAGGCUUCGUGACAGACACAACACCAUUCACAGGCCACAAGGGAUCGGUAGAAGAGCUGCAGUGGUCACCGACAGAGAAGCAUGUCUUCGCUUCAGCAUCCAGCGACGGCACAGUCAAAAUUUGGGAUGCACGGUCAAAGUCGCGCAAGGCAGCAGUCAGUGUGCAGGUAUCAAAGUCCGACGUAAACGUGCUAAGCUGGUCGCAUCAAACCGCACAUUUGCUGGCCACCGGCGCAGACGACGGCGAGUGGGCUGUCUGGGACUUGCGGCAAUGGAAGCCUUCCACCUCCAUGGCGAGCGAUGCGAAGCCCUCACCAGUCGCAAACUACACCUUCCACAAGGAGCAAAUUACUUCGGUCGAGUGGCACCCCACAGACGACAGUAUUGUACUCGUCUGCGCAGGCGACAAUACCCUCACUUUGUGGGAUCUGGCUGUCGAACUGGAUGACGAGGAGAGCAGGGACACAGCGGGCGUGCAAGAUGUGCCGCCGCAGUUACUGUUCGUGCACUAUAUGGAGCAGAUUAAGGAAGCGCACUGGCACCCUCAGAUUCCCGGAACCAUCAUGGCGACCGGUGGGUCCGGAUUCGGCGUGUUCAAGACGAUCAGCGUCUAA